AUGUCUUCCCCUGAAAUUGCUUCCCUUUCUUGGGGUCAGAUGAAGGUGAAAGGCUGCUCUACGACGUAUAAGGACUGCAAAGUAUGGCCAGGAGGAAGCCGAACCUGGGAUUGGCGAGAGACUGGGACUAAUCAUUCUCCAGGAGUGCAGCCAGCUGACCUUGAGGAGGUUGUCAAGAAGGGUGUUAAAACUCUGGUGAUUGGUCGUGGCAUGAGUGAGGCUUUGCAGGUUCCACAGUCUACUGUGGACUAUCUGAGGAAGAACGGGAUUGAUGUGUUGGUCUUGCAAACAGAGAAGGCUGUGGAAGAGUACAAUGCUCUGGCUGCUCAGGGUGUCAAAGUGGGGGGAGUCUUCCAUUCAACCUGCUGA